AUGGUUUCGUCCUUUUGCUGGGGCUGCCUCACACGGCUUCGUCCGACAGGUCAAGCUCUUCUGCCUCCCCCGAUAGCAGCCCCCAGAGCUGCGUCGUUUCAUACAUCCACAGUUCGCUAUUCGAAUGUAUUGAAGAAGAAAAAUACGAUUGCGGGCCCUCCAAAGUACCGUGAGGCCAAAUCUGCCCGGAUGAAAAAGAAGAAGCCAACCGACAGACCGCGGCCGCCUCCGGUUGGAGAACGCAAAGCACAGCGGAAGCGACUUGUUCUCAGCAACCCGAAUGCACUUGAGGUCGAGGACAUACAGGAACUUUCAGCGGAGACAAUGGUGGAUUCCCGACUUCGCGGAUCCGUCCUUGCUCUUCCCCUACCAAUGCUCACCCAAUUGCGAGCGGCAGAGGCUUUCAAACCUAAGCAGGGCUGGUCGAUAUUCCGUCGUCCAGGCACGGUUGUGAGGAGGGAGACACUAGAAUUGGCCCGGUUAUUUGACAAGAUUUCUGGCGAGGGUGAGGAUAAAGGAAAGUCGGUCAAGAAGAUCAUCACCGGCGUGAGAGGCUCCGGAAAGACUGUUCACCUGCUGCAGGCUAUGGCGAUGGCUUUUACCAAGAAGUGGAUUGUCUUGACUGUGCCUGAGCCCCAGGAUCUGGUCACUGCGAGCACUGGAUACGCUCCACUUUCCGAUGAGACACCACAUUUAUAUGUUCAGAAUGCAGCAACUGCUGCUCUGCUGUCCCGCACGGUUUCUGCCAAUGAAGAGGUUCUGAAAAGCCUUCAUGUCUCUCAGGAGCAUCCUGCUCUCAAGUCCGCCACCAAACCUGGCAUGACUCUGGAGCAACUUGCGCGUUUGGGGAUCCAAGAUCCUGCUAUUGGCUGGAACGUUUUCCAGGCAUUAUGGUCUGAGCUCACCGCGACCUCCGCGGCGCCUGGGUUUGAAAAGAAUUUCAAGCCGCGCCCCCCCAUGCUUGUUACUGCGGAUGGAUUGGCCCACUGGAUGAAGAACUCAGAGUACCGCAAUGCUGAGUUUGAACCCAUUCAUGCUCAUGACCUCGUGUUUGUGCGUCAUUUCCUGUCCCUCAUGAAGCCCGGGUCGGAAAAGCCUACUUUCCCCAACGGUGGUCUGCUCUUGUACGCCACGUCGGCUUCCAACAACCCCACUGUCUACAGCUUCGAAGUCGCCUUGGAGCAGGUGGAAGCUCGCCAUGCUGGUGUUAAACCCUCGGCUCCAGAAUUCCCUCAAGCUGAUCCUUAUAGCCGGGCUGACCAACGCGUUCUUGACGCAUUCAAUUCUCCGAAGCCCACCGUCCCCAAGGAAGGUAUGCUGGAGCUCCAGACCCUUGGUGGUCUCACUCGGGGCGAGGCACGGGGAUAUUUGGAGUACUUUGCCCGCAGCGGACUUCUCCAGGCAAAUAUCAAUGAUGAAUGGGUUGGUGAGAAGUGGAGCUUGGCAGGCGGCGGCGUGAUCGGCGAACUGGAAAAGUUGGGCAGACGCAUGAGAUCCACCGCAGCUUCAUUUCUCCAGACUCUUUUCUUCUUGGGCUCUUUGAUCUUCACGGCUUCGAUAUGUACGGAUUGCCCCCCUUUUUCAACUCCAUCCGGUCAACAAAGUCCGGGUCCUCCUCAGCCAGAAUGGCGUCUGCCUUCAACUGCGCAACAGCAACCUCCUCCACCUCCUCGCCCUCCACUUAAUCCUUCCGUCUAUAAUCCGAAUUCACCUCCUGUUUCGAGCAUCGAAACAAAUUCGUCACCGGCUACUGCGGUAGACACAUCCUCCUGGGGAGUACGUUAUAAUAGGCAACAUCAUAUUCAAACACCUCCACCGCUGCCGGUAAGUGUCAACCCCGACCUUCUAGUACUCCCGGAAAGGCUCCUAAUCCACAGUCUCCAAUAUGGAGCUCUUCAGAUGCUAACAAACCUCUACCCGCUGCUCCACAGCUUCCCACAGCCGAGCAGUAUCAACAAGCAUUGCCAGCAAAUGCACCAUAUACACGCCCACACCUCGGGGGGGCUCAUUGCCAGGACCACCACCGCCGCCACCACCUCUUCCUCCCGCCUAUCAGAGUGUGGUAUCGCAGCCGAACAAGAUUCGAGCUCGCAACAACACAAUGUGUACUCUCCCGCUGAACGCCCACUUCCUCAAGUGCCACCAUCCGAGCAUGUCCCGGUAUCCACUGGAAAUAUGGAAACAUAUGGAUCCGUACCGAUGACAGCACCGCCAAUUCCCCCGAAAGCCAGUGCUAGUAUCGCUCCAACGAGUUCUUCGCUUGGUACUUUUACACCCUCGGACUGGGAGCAUCUGUCACCUCCCCCAGGGGAUGUUUAUGAUGAGAGAGUGUUUGAAUCGAAACAAGACACUACUGCCAGCUCGACAACAGCUUCUGAAUAUCAACCGAGCUAUGCAGCAACUGUACCCCAUAUAUAUGCGCAAUCUGCAAUUUCUACACCUUUUUCGAACGUUUCACCAACAAUCCAGUCUGUACACGCCCAAGACACUACAGCGAUGCAAGACCAGUUCAAGGUCUCACCAAUCAGUCCAGGCACCAACCAGGGUAUCUCUGAACCACCUCCACCGGCCGGAGUGAAGACGAAUGAGUCAAUCUUCUGUUCAGCCUCUGCAACGGAGACCUCCGAGAUUAUUGAUGGUGUUAUUGAGGCGUGGAAUCGACCGGUCUCAGCGGAGCCUACCCCAUCUAAUAUUCAGAGCGACACCCAUUUCAAUCCCGGAAACGUGCCGUCAUCCCCCCUUCCGAAACUUAGUCCCCUUGAAAUUCCCAGGUCGAAGAAAGAUGUUGCGAUCCCUCGAAAGGAAGUUCCAACCCAGUCUAGUGGUACCUCGCACGAGAAAGACAUGAAAUCUCAACCCUCGUCACCACAAGUCAAGCUACUGGAUCCUUAUGAAGACCUAGACCCUUGGUCCAAAUCCUCGUUGGAACGCUAUGUGGCAAUGCUACGCAAAGAGGCGGUGGCAGACACUGACGCAGAACGUUUCAAUAUCUUCACAGCCUUCGUAGCCAAGGAGACGAAGCUUCGCGAGAUCUUGUAUAAUAUUGGGCACGAGGAGAAAGAUGCCGAUCAACAACCAACGACGGGCCCGCAACUCUCCGGUCAAGUAUCCGGUCAAGGCCCCCCGUCAGUAGAAUCAGGUCUAAUACCGAUCGAAUCACAGGAGGACUGUGAUGUUUUGGACGAUAUUGCGGAAGAUUUUGUGGACGGGAGAUAUAGUCCAGGGGGCCGUCCCAUACUUCCCAGGCUCCAUACGCCUAGUCUUGCAGGUAUAAAACGGUCCGUUUCGAACCCGGCCGGUCCAAAGUAUGGCCCGGAACGCUUGGUGCAGGGUCACUUCUCGAGAUCGACGUCAGUUCCGCCUUCAACUAAUGACUCGAUACAUAAACACUGCCUGUCGCCUUUGACGACCCACCCCCCGCAGCCAAUUUAUACUCCAUUUCGUUACACCGAAGGUCCACAACGGGGCUCUGAUCAUCUGGUGUUCGAUCUUCCCGCCUAUCAGGCAUACUCCGCCUUGCGACAGGCAUCUGCAGAAAGUGGCCGAGUCAUGUCGAAUGCUCCACCCGUGUCUUCACAGGAGAAGGACAGUCCAACUGCGUCAUCGACGCUACCCAAUCAACAUGAUGAAACUUUUAUCGGCCUUAUCCGGGAAAAAAGUGUGGCUUAUCGCACAAAGACUACCCGGAAAACGUCGUCUCCGCCGCCCCUGCCAAUAUCUCUCAGGCAAGGGAGACCGGCACAUGCAGUCGAUGAGCUGCGCUCUAUGGUUUCAUCGCCCUUGGCGAAACGAUCAGAAAGCUCAUGGCAUAAGACCACCAGAGAGGAGCUAGAGAAACAUCCAGACGACUUUGGCUAUAUCGAGGAGACGGUCAAGUCCUGGGAAAUGGCGAAUAAACCUCGCAAGGAAGGGCUAGACAAGGAACGUAUACGGCGGCAAGAGGAAUCGGAGAAACACAUUGAUGCUUUAUUCAAUGGUAAGGAGAUAGGUUAUGCGGACAUCAAUGUCCUAGAAGAAGAGUUUCGCCAAGCGGAGGCUCGAGUCCAACUGGACGAGGAAAGGCGGGAGCUCGACGACUUUGUGGCGAAUGUUUUCGAUCCGCUGGAAAAGCGGUUGGAUGAUGAACUGUGCGCCCUCCGGACCCAUUACGACUCGGCACUUGGUCAACUCGACCACGAAAACAGCCAGAUCAAGGACUCGGUUACAGACAAGUAUAAUCUAUCCCAUACCAUGAAGGUUGUAAAUGAGGUUUACCAGAAACUCGAGUUGCGCUACCAAAAGCGGUUUGAAAUUGCCUUGGACCUCGAGCGCAGACGCAAGAAGGCUGAGAGGCGACCCCUGGUGUUCAUGGGUGAUUCCCCGGCUCUGAAACGCCUGGACGGUGAUUUUGAUCAAAUGGAGCGGCGAAAUAUCCUCGAGGCGGCCAAAGACCGUGACGACCGGGCCAAUCGACUCAUGGAUUCGUUUGACGAUGCAAUCAUGCAUGGGCUGGGGGAAAAUCAAAGUCUGCUGGAUGAGGUGUCCACAAAAUUGUCGAGGAUAGAUGCUAUAGCCAUCCGCUCGUCGGGCCUAGUAGACUCAGAGAUUGAGCAGAUGUUGAAGUCGGUCUAUAAGUUGGUGGAAUCUCUGCGUGAAGAUUCUGAGUCAAUCCUGCACAGUUUUGGCAUUGCCGAUUCGACGCUCAACGAUGCGGAUUAUCACGUGUCGGUCGCCGAAGCGCGCUAUUCCAACGCGGAUGCAGAUAUAUUCUGCCAGCUGGAUAAUGAGAAAGCCAAAGAAGAUGCGAAAAUCCAGAGCGAUCUCCGGUCCAAGUUGGAGAGUGUCCGUGCUGGCCCUGCCAACAUCACCGCCACGAUAAACGAGCUCCUCAAGUCGCUCGAUAAAGCUUCGGUUGUAGAGCAACCCGCAUCGCCAGAAACCGCCCCUCCCAGCCAUCCUGCUGAAUCGCUAUUGCCGGGUCCCCCACCCUCUACAAUCGAGCCUCGCAAAUCCAAAGAUGUAGCGCAUCAAGAGCGGCUUCGGAAGGCGCUGGAGGACGCAAAGAAGAGAAAUGCCGCCAGACAUAAUAAUAACCCCUAA